CCCAGCCAUGGCCGACGUGGAGGACGGAGACGAGCCGGGCGUCUCCGCUUCUUCUCACGCGGGUCCCUCCGUCUCUAAGGCGAGCGGCGCCGACAAGAUGUUCUCGCUGAAGAAGUGGAACGCCGUGGCCAUGUGGAGCUGGGACGUCGAGUGCGACACCUGCGCCAUCUGCCGCGUGCAGGUCAUGGAUGCCUGUCUUAGAUGUCAAGCUGAAAACAAACAAGAGGAUUGUGUUGUGGUCUGGGGAGAGUGUAAUCAUUCCUUCCACAAUUGCUGUAUGUCACUGUGGGUGAAACAGAACAACCGUUGCCCACUCUGCCAACAGGACUGGGUAGUUCAAAGAAUAGGCAAAUAAAAGCACCAGCAGUUUUUCUGCUGAACUUCUUUAGAACAUUAAACAACUGAUGCCAUAUUCCCCGAUGAACAAGGACUACUCAACAUGUGGCAGAAUUUGUUUUAUUUAUUUAGGUCUACAGAGUUUUAUGAUCUUGGUUUGAAAAUUUUGUGUUGCCUUCCUGAUCUAUUGGAGCCUUCUUCAGGAUUGUUCUUGCAAGAAUACAGAUGCACAAUAUUGAAGAAUGUAUCUAAAUGUUUGCUGUGAACUUUGUAAAAUUGCUUAGGAAAGUGUUAGGGCUGAUGAAGCCCACAAGUAUGAUAUAAUCUAAGCAAUUACAGCUUACAAUACCACUGUUUUCUGGAAACUGGGUUAUUGAAAUAAAUAGGUGUGGACACGUUCAUUUUUACUUUUUGCUUUGUUGCAUUAAGAUGAAACCUUUUGGUUUUGAAUACUGUCUGUUUUUAUGAUACUUUAAGGGUGAAAUUGAAUUUACUCCUAUCAAAAUAUGUACUGUAAUUCACAGUAUUAAAACAUUACCCUAUUAAGUGCUCAGCUUCUUUUUUUGUAGAGCAGUAUAAUUUAAUUGGAAAUUAAUUAAAUUAAAAUCUGUCUUCUAGAGACACAGGAAAGUCUGAUAACUAGCAACCGGUAAGUCUUGUUAUUGUUCUGUAUUUGGUAAGUUGUUUGAUUCCAAAUAGCCCAUUCACCAUCCUGUGAAGUCCCAGUGCAAGCACAGGGGUCUGUGUGCAGCAGCCUUUGGAUCACAGCCUUAAUAUUUGGUAAUGCUUAACUUCUCUUUCCACCUGUUUGCCAGCACUUUAGUAAAGAUAUGGAUUCAUGAAAACAAUAUGAAUAUAUCUUUUUUGGGAGGUAGCAUUUUUAAAAGAGCAUCCGAGUGGUGGGUCAAAGCAGCAACCAUGAAGCACAUUAUUUUUCCUGCACAAUUAAACAAAUGGAUUUGUUUAGAUGUAACUUCUGUCCCCACCAUCUUAUUACAGGACGUGACCUACCAAAAGUUCUACUUCUUGCUGAUGUCAACAGGAUUUAAAUGUAUAAUAAAGAUGGAGUCG